ACUGCCCUGAACAUCCAACACUAGCCCUUCGUAUAUAUGGCCUCCGCUGCAGCACCAUCAACGCCCUCUGGAGGUGUGAAUACCUCCAUGUGGGCCAGCCAGCCUCCAAGUCGUAGCGGCUGGGGUCGCAGUGGAGAACCUGGUUCUGCGUUUCGCGGUUCAGCCCGAGGACGGCCCGGAAGAGGCGGAAGUGGUCGAGGAGGACGCGGAGGUCGGGGUGGACGUGUUGGCGGGCCCAAUACUCCGCGCGUGGAGGACAAGCCUUCCAAGCUGAACGGGGAUCACAAGGAUCUACCUAAGAAAGAACCGUCCGCGCCCCCGCUGACCUCGACUUCCUCUGUAACAUCCGCAAGUGAUCUGUCUUCCUCUCUGCCGCCGAAACCGUCGGGCCGACCCAAAGAGGUCAAGCCGCCCGUGAGGAAAGCGUCAGAGAGCAAACCCGGGCCCGCGCGCAAGCUCCCUCCAAUUGUUGUGAACCCUCCUCCCGUCGCCUCUUCCGACGCGCCUCCCUCCGCAACGACGCCUAACCGCUCACGCCGUAAACGCUCUCAAAACAAAGGGAGCACAUCAUCCGUCUCAUCAAAGAAGUCGCCCUCUACCGAGUCUAGUACGAGUCUUCUGCGCGCGGAGAAAUCACCUGUGAUCAUGAAGGACCUCCCGCCCCACCUGGCCCCGCCUCCGCCGCCGGAGACGCCGUCGUUCGACAUCAAGCAUGAUAUCGACGCCCUCGUCGAGCGGGUCAGGGCCGUGGCCAUGGACAGACCGCACACUCCGGGAAGCCAUAUUGACUGGGCGGGCGACGACGACGACAGUCUGCCCGACUUGGACGACUGGGGCGUUAAGAGCGUGUCGACUACGAGCAGCUUGCCGCCUCCUACCAGCCAGCCAGACCUGAUCUCCCCCAUCCUCGCGGGCGCUCUGAAACCUUUGCCGAAUCUCGAUUUUGGAUCUCCGCAGCCCAGUGUUGCGGCGGAUCUUACGGUCGAGAAUGUAGCUACUCCCGAGGGGGACCACACACCCCGAGGUGAGCCGGAAAUCAAGGCAAAGGCGGCGCAUCCUACGAAGGGCAGCAGUCAAACGAAGGCGCUUGUACAAUCGUUCUUCAACGGCUCGGCUCAGAAUAGCGACCGGGCGCAGGCGAAAGGAGGACUACCGAAGUCUCCGCUGAACAAGUCCCAGCCAUUGCAUCCGUCUCUUCCACCCAAGCCAGCCGCUGCGGAAGAUCCUCCAGUCAAGCAAACUCUUCCCAGCAAGCCUGUUCCGGCCUUGGAGGACCAUACGUUGGAAGAUGGUACAACAAGCGGCGUAAACAGCUCAAUGCACGCGUCCAUCCUUUCGGAGGGUCAUAACGACUCCUCUUCAUCCAAGGAUACCUCGCCCGAGCGACAGGGCCUGGGUGCCUCCAUGCACGCGCCGUUGUCCUCGUCCAUGUCAGCCCCCAGUCACAUCACCGCCCACACCACUACGUCCACCCCGUCCUUCCACCCCACGCACGGCCGCGCGCACACCGUCGGCCGCCCGAACGGCUUGCGCAUGCCCUUCAGCCCCUCGCACGGCGCGUUCCCCGACACUGAGCGCGCGUCGCACCGGGACCGCAUCAAUCACGCGCGCACGCACUCCUCGCCGCCGACAGGUCCGGGCACGUCCACCGCCCGUGCGCGAGCCGGUAGUCGCCCCGUCAUCACUGGAGCCGCGAUGUCCCAGCUCAUGCGCACGCUGAAUGGUGCGCCGCCGCCGAAGCGCGAGGCCGCCGCCCCUGCUGCUCCCGCUGCGGCUGCCGCGACGAAGGAGUGACCGCCGCCGCUUACAACACUAGAAUUGGUGCUGCCCCCGUGUAUCGUGUACCGCUGCAUAUCUCCCUGGUUCCGUGCUGUCCGAUGCUUCUCUUCCCGUUGGCUCGAUGUUGGCUCGAUACCCAGCUCAGUACCUAGUCCCUCCCCCUCUCCGUGUCCUUGUCCUGCGUGUGCUUCCACCCCCAUCCAUCUACAUCCACGUCUAUGUCUCCUGUGCCAUCCCCCUCCAGUGCUCCG